ACUGGUAGAAUAAACAUUUAAGCAGUGCAUUUGCUAUUACCAAUAUUUAACUUCGGCUCGGGGUAAUGAAUUGAUACACUCAGUAAUUUACAGUAUCACAUAUAAGCUAUAAAUUAUACACUAUAACAUAUAUAUUUAUGAUUUAUUUGCGUUCUAGUGACUAUAGAUGUGUCGCGCUUUAUGAAAGCAGCUCAUCUUUUUAAAACGCGCCGCGAGACCUAGCCGGGGCGUUCUGUUUCGUGAGUUCCAUUUCAUCGAAAAAAAACGUCCUGCUCUGAUGCCGCUGCUGGACGGCCAGUGACGUCACCCUCUAAAUACCGAGCGCAGGUAAACAAUAACAGACGCGAGGAGAGCGUGGAGGACCAGACAAAUGCCACAUCUCACUGCACUGGCCAGAAGCGGAGUCUGUCGCAGCACAUUCCACAGGAAUGGCAUGUCUUAUGGCAGCCUUUUCAGUCAACAACACUACAGUGACCAACUCCAUCAUAAUGAACACAAAUGGACCUCCCGACCUCAUGCUAGACCCUAGAACCAUGUGCGUGUCCAUUGAUGAACUGAUGUCCAGUCACGUUGCCAGUCAGCAGACGCCGCUGUUUCACGGACACCUGAAGAAAGUAGAGAACAAUCUGACCGAAGCCCAGCGCUUUUCAUAUCUGCCCCGCAGACCCGCAGUCAAUAUUGAAUUCAAAGAUCUCUCGUACUCAGUUCCUGAAGGACCAUGGUGGAGAAAAAAAGGUUACAAGACUCUUCUGAAAGGGAUCUCUGGGAACUUCAACAGCGGUGCUUUGGUGGCCAUCAUGGGACCCUCAGGUGCUGGGAAGUCUACCUUAAUGAACAUUCUAGCAGGUUACAGGGAAACAGGCAUGAAGGGGGAGAUCCUGAUAAACGGGCAGUCCAGAGAUCUGCGAUCUUUCAGGAAAGUGUCCUGCUACAUCAUGCAGGAUGACAUGUUACUGCCACACCUCACCAUACAGGAAGCCAUGAUGGUAUCAGCUAAUCUCAAACUCCAGGAAAAGGAUGAAGGCAGACGUGAAAUGGUUCGGGAAAUCCUGACCGCUCUCGGUUUGUUAGAAUGUGCCAAAACACGCACAUGCAACCUGUCAGGGGGCCAGAGGAAGCGUUUGGCCAUCGCCUUGGAGCUUGUCAACAACCCACCAGUCAUGUUUUUUGAUGAACCCACAAGUGGACUGGACAGCUCUUCCUGCUUCCAGGUGGUCUCUCUGAUGAAGGCUCUUGCUCAGGGUGGUCGAACAGUCAUAUGCACAAUUCACCAGCCCAGCGCUAAAGUGUUUGAACUCUUUGAUAAGCUGUAUGUCCUCAGUCAAGGCCAGUGUAUUUACAGAGGAAAAGUUUCAAGCUUAAUCCCGUAUCUCAGAGAACUGGGACUCAACUGUCCCACCUAUCACAACCCUGCAGACUUCAUAAUGGAGGUGGCCUCUGGUGAAUACGGUGACCAAACAGCUUGGCUGGUGAAGGCUGUUCAGGAGUGCAAAUGUGAGAAAGACUACAAAAGUGAAAUGAAUGGUAACGGGGUCCAUAAUCCCUUCCUGUGGCACAGACCAUCCGACGAGGACUCUUCGUCAUCAGAGGGUUGCCAUAGUUUUUCUGCCAGCUGCCUGACACAGUUUUGCAUCCUUUUCAAAAGAACUUUUCUUAGCAUCAUGAGAGAUUCGGUGCUGACUCACUUGCGUAUCAUGUCUCAUCUUGGGAUUGGAAUUCUGAUCGGUCUUUUAUACCUGGGCAUUGGCAACGAUGCCAAGAAAGUCCUUAGCAAUUCCGGGUUUCUGUUCUUUUCAAUGUUGUUCCUCAUGUUCGCCGCUUUGAUGCCCACCGUCCUCACCUUUCCUCUUGAGAUGGGCGUCUUUUUGAGAGAACAUCUAAAUUACUGGUACAGCCUAAAGGCAUACUACUUGGCCAAAACAAUGGCGGAUGUCCCAUUUCAGAUCGUGUUCCCAGUGGCCUACUGCAGUAUAGUGUACUGGAUGACAUCUCAACCUUCAGAUGCAGUUCGUUUCAUACUUUUCCUGGCUUUAGGGACCCUCACGUCACUGGUUGCACAGUCAUUGGGACUGCUAAUAGGAGCGGCAUCCACAUCCUUACAAGUAGCAACUUUUGUUGGUCCUGUGACGGCAAUCCCUGUGCUGCUGUUUUCAGGCUUCUUUGUCAGUUUUGACACUAUUCCUAAAUACCUCCAAUGGAUAUCAUACAUUUCCUAUGUCAGAUAUGGUUUUGAAGGAGUCAUUCUGUCCAUCUAUGGUCUUGACCGUGAGGACCUGCACUGUGACAAAGAUGAGACGUGCCACUUCCAGAAAUCAGAAGCCAUUUUGAAGGAGCUGGGUGUUGAAGAUGCAAAACUCUACAUGGACUUUAUUGUGUUGGGCAUCUUCUUUGUAUCACUUCGUCUGAUUGCUUACUUCGUCCUGCGAUACAAGAUCAGUGCUGAGAGGUAAACCUGUUGAAGAAGGGCUGGAGAGAGUACUGUCAAGACUUUCAUGCAAAGGAGAGCUAAGCUGAGGAAGCCAAAGCAGAGAGGGUUUGUUCCCUCCAAACGGACCAUCGCCAGUUUUCCCACACUAGACAGAAACCUGGGUUCAACUUGACGACACAGUAUGUAGAUGCUCAGCUUUUGUGUGCUUUUAUAAGAAAGCAAAGAGCUUAGAAAACAACAGUUUUGAGGCUCAACCAAAUGUCUGUACAAAUAGACAGAGAAACAUGGGUGCACUGAAGAACAUUUGUAGAAGCUGAUGAAAGUCUUUCACAGGAGCAGUUCUGAUUUUGACUGAAAAAGUCAUUCUGUAUUGCGUGAUCAUACUGGAGAACUGGAAUCUGGCCCGAAUGAAAGAGAAGUGUGUUUAAUUGUACUAAAUGUGCACUUUUACUGCACUUCAAAUCUAAAAAAGUACAUAAAAAUUGUAGAUGCAGAUAAUAUAUUA